GAGGCAGACAAGAGAGUGUAACUCCUUAGUCUGGGAGAGGCUCCGGGACUUCCCAAGAAGUGAGGACCGUCCUGCCUCUUCCAUCUCUCCGUGCCUUUUCUCCUCAGUUUAUCUCCGAAAUGGUGAGCGCGCAGCCUCUCGGGGGCAUCUGGAUGGAGGUUCUGGUGGUGACUCUGCUGGUGCUGACAGCCCAGGUGACUGCGGACAGACGCCCCCCAAAGCACUUCACGAGGCAGUUUAAGUCCGAGUGUCACUUCGUGAAUGGGACGGAGCAGGUGCGGUUUGUGGAGAGACACAUCUACAACCGGGAGGAGUUUGUGCGCUUCGACAGCAACGUGGGGGUGUACCAGGCGGUGACCGAGCUGGGGCGGCCCAGUGCUGAGCAUUGGAACAGCCAGAAGGAGUUCCUGGAGGACAGACGGGCCCAGGUGGACACUGUCUGCAGACACAACUACGAGAUUGUUGAGCCCUUCUCAGUGCGCAGGCGCGUGGAGCCCGAGGUCCUGGUGUAUCCGUCCAAGACGGCUCCUGUGGGCCACCACAACCUGCUGGUGUGCUCUGUGAGCGGCUUCUACCCCGGGGCCGUGGCGGUCACGUGGUCCGUGAAUGGGCAGGAGCAGAGGGCUGGGGUCGUGUCCACAGGCCUGAUGCGCAAUGGCGACUGGACCUUCCAGACCCUGGUGAUGCUGGAGGUGACCCCCCAGCGCGGAGAUGUCUACACCUGCCACGUGGAGCACUGCAGCCUGCAGAAGCCUGUCCUGGUGGCCUGGAGUGCCCAGUCAGAGUCUGCCCAGAGUAAGAUGCUGAGUGGUGUCGGGGGCUUCGUGCUGGGCCUCAUCUUCUUUGGGGGUGGCCUCAUUGUCCACAUGAGGAGUCAGAAAGCUAAUCGUGGUUCACAGCCUGCAGGUAAGAUCCUUCUCCCCAGCUGGGAUCCUGGUUCUCCUGGCUACAGCCUCUGCCCAGUGCAGCCUGAAGCUAAGACAGACUUGGGGGGCCUUUAGUGGGCAGAAGUGGUUCUCCUUGUGGGGUCCGUCCCACCCUGGACUCUUCUCUGACUCUCAUCUGUCCUCUGCAGGGCUCCUGAGCUGAUCCCUGAGGCUGUGUCUCCUGGAACUUUUGUCUCCCCUCUCAGCCUCCCUCCACCAUUUGGAGGCCCCCUGCUUGUGCCCAGAUAUCCAGGAGGUCAGCCCUCUUGACCCCUUCCCUGGAACAGCUCCUUUGUUGCACCUUCGACUCUGUCCUGAAUCCUGCAGUUCAAAGACCCCCCUCUAGUCUCCCUCAUUCCCACACCAGGGUUUCAUCCAUUUUUGUCCCUUGAACCUCCACCCCAAUAAAUGAGAAGAAUGAGAAUCAGCUGGAACCUGGUUAACAGAGAAAAAGUAGGGGGAGCAGGGAGGAGACUUCAGUUCUUGGAAUCCUUAGAAUCAGUGUGUGUAAUGCUUCCAGAGGGGAAGAUGGCAGCCCAUCCACAUCUUUUUAUCCUGAUUGUCUCCUGUCUGUGCCCUUCCACAAUCCUGUAGAGGGAUUCCAGUGUCCUGGGGGCCUCUCUCUGCCCUCCUGGUCAUUAUGUGGAGGGCCCCCAAUGGCCCUCCCAGGCUGUCUGCCCAUCUAUCCUCCCCUUUCCUAUGGGAUGGCCCCCUUCAUUGUGGCUUCCAUCUCUCUGAUGAGGUUCCUGCUAUCACUUCUGCUCCUUUCUUCCCUGGUGAUGUCCUGGAGUCUCUGUUUGCCCACUGUGUGCCCUUCCAGUACACUUGAAUGAAAUUAAACUUUUACUCAUACCUUUUGCUAUUAUAUCUUAUUCAAUGUUUACUAUAUAUAUCCUCCAUCAGACCUUCUCUAAUUACAACAAUAAAAAAAGUUUUCAGUGUAAUGAUCCCAUUGAGUACAUCUAUCCAACAGCAUAUGCAACAGUCAUACUCACAGUCUGUCUCUAUUUCCUUCAUGAUGGAUUUGUUUACCUUCUGACCAAACUCGGUCAUUAUAAUUAUAUAACAUGACGCAUUUUUUUUUCUA